AUGAAUGCAGUCAUCGAAGCCGAAUGUCCGGUCUGUUCCUCUCAAAUGAUCGCUCCGACCGCGAUUCCAGCCUGCGGUCACAAAUUCUGCUUUACAUGUCUCAAAGGAGUCUGUAUGAACGGGAUGGGGUGUCCAAUGUGUCGUGGACCCAUCGAUCCGUCGAUUUUUAGCCUCCCGAGCCAGGUUCUCGAUUUGAAAAUGGACGUUCCGUUGUCACCGGUCGUUGUACAGGAUAAAUACAAACCGAUCGAAAAACGCGACACCUCGCCAUCAGAGACUCCCGCUCCCUCUGCACUCAAUUUGGACGCCUCCCUCCUCGAUGACAACCUGCCAGAAGAGAAGAUGUACUGGCUGUAUCGAGGGAAGAAUCAAGGAUGGUGGCGAUUCGAUCCCCGCCACGAGAGAGACAUCGAUAAAGCCUACAAUAACGACGAGGAUCAUUGUGAAGUGACGAUUUGUGGGCGGACGUAUGUGAUAGAUUUCAAUGGGCAAUGCCAGUAUCCGAAGGGAGUUCCGACGCAGCGACGGGAAGUGAAGCGAGUCUCCUCUGCUGACUUCGAUACGAUGGGAGUCAAGGGAUUGGCUGGAGUAUUUGUGCCGACUUCGUGA